AUGGAAGAAGACAGUACCACGUGGCUGUGGUUCUCAAAAUCCUGUACCUCACAGGAAGCACUAGCAAUGAGUAUGCAGGGCUGCCUGGAGAACGUGAUUGAGUACAAGUCUCCAAAAUACAUACGGGUUGAGGCUGUUACAUGGGCGCGUGUGAAAGGUUGCCUUUAUCUAGUUGCUGCUGUGUUGCUUGGUUCCUUCAUCGCGGUUAACAGGCUCUAUCAGGAGGAGGUGGAUGAAAUUAGCAGCUCAGUUCGCACUAAUGUGAAGGGAGUGGCUUACACAAAGGACAGGAUCUGGGAUAUAGCAGAAUACACUAUACCGAUGCAGGCGACAAACUCUUUUUUUGUGAUGACCAACAUCAUUAUGACAGAGAAUCAACGUAAGCAGAGGUGCCCUGAGUAUCCCUUCGCCAAAGCUAUCUGCUCUUCAGACGAGGGCUGUAAAAAUGGGACCAUAGAUACCCACAGUAAUGGAAUUCAAACAGGAAGAUGUGUGGAUUAUAAUGUAACUUUUAAAACCUGUGAGGUCGAGGCAUGGUGUCCUGUGCAACCCAAUGAAAACCCCCCUGAGCCUGCUGUUCUGAGGAGUUCUGAAGACUUCACUGUGCUAAUAAAGAACAACAUUAACUUCCCAAAAUUUAAUUCCACCAAACUAAAUAUUCCAGAAAAUUUUAAUAAUUCUUGCACAUACAACAAGACAACUUGCCCACUCUGUCCAAUUUUCCGUCUGGGAGACAUUGUUCAAGAAGCAAAUCAGAAGUUUUCUGAGAUGGCAAUAAAGGGAGGAAUCAUUGCCAUUCGGAUUAACUGGGACUGUAACUUGGACAGCUGGAGUUAUAGCUGCAGUCCAAAGUACAGUUUCCAGCGCCUUGAUGACAAUAAAACAAUGCCUGGGUUCCACUUCAGAUAUGCAAGAUACUACAAGACGCCACAUGGGGAGGAGCAGAGAACCCUUUUCGAAGUCUAUGGAAUACGGUUUGAUGUCCUUGUCUUUGGCACAGGUAGAAAAUUUGACAUCAUCAAACUCAUUAAAAACAUUGGGUCCGUGAUCUCCUAUGUUGGUUUGGUUGCGGUUGCCACUGAAAUUGUUAUUUUUGUCAUGAGUCACCCCCGCUGGGGCAAAUCAGAAUUCUACAAAACUUACAUCAGGAAAAAGUAUGAGACUGUGCUGAAUCCAACAGAGGUGAUGUAUGUGUCCCAUGUUGAUGAGCCACACAUUAUCUUGAUAAAGACACCUCUGAAAACAAGCUUGCAGCAUGCUGAAGGCAGCAUUGUUGAGAGCCACCCUGUGAAAUUCUUUGAUGCUGACAGCUUCUGCACCAGCGAGUCCAACGAAAAACAGGAUAAUGAGGGAUCUGAGCCACCGAGUGCCACUGAGUCCGCAGAGAACGAUGAUAAAGAAAAAUACGAGCUGAAGCAACCUCUCACAGGGGAGGCCUCUUCCUCGGACUGCCAAAAGUGGUGCUGCUGUGGCAAAUGCCAGCCAACACAGAAGUACCACAAGCAGCUCUGCUGCCGAAGGAAAAAAGGGCAGUGCAUCACAACUUCCCCUUGGUUUCAGCAGCUGGUGCUCUCUCGUCACACCCUGAAGAAAGCCCUUCUCUACAAAGAUCCCUUUGUGGACUUGACAGGUGGCAACAUCAACAACCAGCUGCGGCACCUUGCUUACAAGCAAUACGUUCGCUGGCGCUUUGGCUUUUUUGAGCUGGAAGACAGAGCCAUCAUACCAAGCUGCUGCAGGUGGAGCCACCCUGUGAAAUUCUUUGAUGCUGACAGCUUCUGCACCAGCGAGUCCAACGAAAAACAGGAUAAUGAGGGAUCUGAGCCACCGAGUGCCACUGAGUCCGCAGAGAACGAUGAUAAAGAAAAAUACGAGCUGAAGCAACCUCUCACAGGGGAGGCCUCUUCCUCGGACUGCCAAAAGUGGUGCUGCUGUGGCAAAUGCCAGCCAACACAGAAGUACCACAAGCAGCUCUGCUGCCGAAGGAAAAAAGGGCAGUGCAUCACAACUUCCCCUUGGUUUCAGCAGCUGGUGCUCUCUCGUCACACCCUGAAGAAAGCCCUUCUCUACAAAGAUCCCUUUGUGGACUUGACAGGUGGCAACAUCAACAACCAGCUGCGGCACCUUGCUUACAAGCAAUACGUUCGCUGGCGCUUUGGCUUUUUUGAGCUGGAAGACAGAGCCAUCAUACCAAGCUGCUGCAGGUGGAAAAUUAAACAUACUUAUCCCAAAUAAGUCAACA